AUGUCUGACAAGAAGAUCAAGGCCGUCGUUGCUGGUGCCUCUGGUGGCAUUGGCCAGCCCCUCUCGCUCCUCCUCAAGCUCUCCCCCCUCGUUGAUGAGCUCGCUCUCUACGAUGUUGUCAACACCCCCGGUGUUGCUGCUGACCUUUCCCACAUCUCCUCCAAGGCCAAGAUCUCUGGCCUUCUUCCUGCCGAUGAUGGUGCCAAGGUUGCUUUCAAGGAUGCUGACAUCAUUGUCAUCCCCGCCGGCAUUCCCCGCAAGCCCGGUAUGACCCGUGACGACCUUUUCAACAUCAACGCCGGUAUUGUCAAGGGCCUCAUCGAGGUUGCCGCUGAGGUUGCUCCUAACGCCUUCAUCCUCGUUAUCUCCAACCCCGUCAACUCGACCGUCCCCAUCUCUGCCGAGGUCCUCAAGGCCAAGGGUGUCUUCAACCCCCAGCGCCUCUUCGGUGUCACCACCCUCGAUAUCGUCCGUGCCGAGACUUUCGUCGCCGAGAUCACCGGCAAGGCUACUUCUGAGCUGACCGUCCCCGUCAUUGGCGGCCACUCUGGCGAGACCAUCGUCCCCCUCUUCAGCCAGGUUACCCCCUCCGUCACCAUUCCCGACGACAAGUACGAGGCUCUCGUCAAGCGCGUCCAGUUCGGUGGUGACGAGGUCGUCCAGGCCAAGAACGGCCUCGGCUCCGCCACCCUGUCCAUGGCCUACGCCGGCUUCCGAUUCGCCGAGAAGGUCAUCAAGGCCGCCAAGGGAGAGAAGGGUCUCGUCGAGCCCAGCUUCGUCUACCUCCCCGGCGUCCCCGGUGGUGCCGCCAUCGCCGAGAAGACCGGCACCGAGUUCUUCUCCGUCCCCAUCGAGCUCGGCGUCAACGGUGCUGAGAAGGCUGUCGACGUCCUCGGCGACCUCACUGAUAAGGAGAAGAAGCUGUUGGAGGCCGCCGUUACCGGACUCAAGGGAAACAUCGAGAAGGGAGUCAACUUUGUCAAGAACCCCCCUCAAAAGUGA